GUUCGCGAGUGAAACGUGCGCACGAUUUUGGGAUUUCGGUACAUUAUCAGUGACGAAAGAGAAAGAAAGAAAGAGAAAUUACUCGUGUUUAUCAGUGUGCACUGUGCCAUGAGGAUCUAGAAACAUCGAUCAGGAAACGAGACGCAUGACAGACGACACCAGGGGCGUUAUCAGGUGAGGGUUUAGCAGCUUUCGGCGACGCGAUCGAGAGAUGUCGGAUGCCGCCGGCACGGAUAAUCCGGCAUUCGCCAACGAAGACGAGUGCGUUAGCGGUUCCAAAUUGGAGAACAGCGGUCAGCAGCAAGCAGCCUUGAACCAGGAUCACAAGUCUUCGACGGACAGUGCGCCGGUAGAAAAUGGCCACCAACAAUCCUUCAUCUCCCAACACUAUGUCGAACCCAUUAAGCCGAGCUCGGAGCCAUGUUAUAAAACGGAAACGAGAAUUGAGGUGCCGGCCGAUAACACAGAGAAGACUAUGCCGGAACCGAAACUCAAUGGCAUCCACGGGAAUGGCAAUAAUAACGACGCGAGUUUCCUUAACAACAGUGCUACGAGCGUACAGAUCAAUGACUCCGGAAAGAAGGAGCAAAUCGAGGCCGUAAAUCUGGAACUGGUCUCGAUGAGGCCAUACACAGGCAAUAUUCAGACAAAGGGUCAAGAAGCCUGCGAAGUACCAGCUGAUCCUUAUGAGGAGUACUUCGUGCCGGUUAACGAGCAUCGAAAGUACAUCAGGGGCGAGAAACUUUACGUUACGAAGGAUAAAAGGUCUAAGAAUUCAUACUGGAGAAGAAUGGCCUGGGGUUGCGCGCUGUUGGUUAUAGUAAUUGCCGUAAUCAUCGCCAUUUUGGCCGCAACUGGUGUAUUUCCAAUACCGGCUACGGAACCUUUGGAGAACGUAGAAGAAAAUAACACACGCCAAUUUAAUGAAGUGCAGACGGCCGGAAGUCGAGAAUAUGUGAAGGAUCCGCCAUUAAGUCCACCACCUUUAACUUCGACUUUUCCACUGUGGCCUACAACUGACGAAACAUUAUUCGAUAUUGUACCAGAUGCUCUGGAUGGAACUUUGAGACUAGACGAUUUUAACUGGAAUGACGAUUUUAGUGACAUCAAAUCUCGAGUAUACAGACAAGUAAGCUCCGAAAUAGAGGAGCAUCUAGGAAAUAUUCUUCGACAAGCGGGCAGCAUGUCUGUAAUCAAAGUAUACGACAUCAAUAAGGAAGGAGAAAUAAGAUUCAGAAUAAGUCAUCCACCUCGAAAUGCACCUGAAGAGAGUCAGGAAUACAUCGAAGAUGUAUUACGAAAAAAUAGUAAUAUGAUCGGAGAAUAUCACCUGAACAGACUUCAUGUAGGAAAGCUUAUCGAUCAAUGUGAAUAUGGCAAUCUCGAAUGCACCGGAAACUGUAAAUAUGAUUACCCUUCUGGCAUAUUUGUAUGUACCUGUAAAUUAGGAGAAAUAUUGCACCAUGAUGGCAAAACUUGUGUGAAUGAUAGUGAUUUGAGUAAUGUCGAAAUGGAUGAUGUAAUGCCACAAUCUACCACGGAACUAAUUAAUGAUUUUCAAGGUAGAAGCAGAGAUCCAGGCGCAAUAGACUUCGAACCCAGACAUCCUAAUACUUGGAAAAAUACGAACUUCAAAACAGGUUCGGCAGAAACAGACACAUCGACGGCGAAGUCUAAAACAAAAGAUAUUAAUCCUGAGCAAUCUGACAUAUCAAUAGAACAACAGACCGAAUUUACACCAACGACAAAACAUUCAGUUUUUAAAAAUGAUGAUUCCCAUUGGAAUCAUGAAUAUGUACAUCAUUCGAAGGAAACUAUUGAAACAGAGUCUCCCAUUAAAACCUCCCAAGAAUCUUUUGCUGAACUAAAACCUACUUCUGAAUCAAAAUCUACAACUGAACCAGAACCCAGUAUUGAACCAGAACCUAAUGCUGAGCCAGAACCCAGUGCUGAGUCAGAAUCCAGUGCUGAGCCAGAAUCCAGUGCUAAAUCAGAAUCCAGUGCUGAGCCAGAAUCCAGUGUUAAACCAGAACCCAGUGCUGAGCCAGAACCCAAUGCUGAGCCAAAACUCAGUGCUGAGCCAGAGCCUACUGCACCAGAAAUUAUUGUUCCAGAAUUCACCGUUAAACCAGAACCAGAAUCUACACCUAUAUUAUCCGCUACUAUACUAAAUCCUGCUUCUGAACCAGAGCCAACUGCAAAACCAGAAAUUGCUCCUGAAGUCGAAUCUACUAUUGAAGCAGAAUCUAUUACUGAAAGAGAAUCUACUGCAAAAGUGCCUAUUACAGAAUCAGCAAUAACUAUCAAUGAAACAGACAGUGAGAUAAAAUCAAAAACGGAAUCUCAACAUUUAACAAUAGAACCGUAUUUGGAAUCAAAAAUUGAAAUAUCUGAUCGACCUGAAUUUUCUGUUAAACCGAUGUCUCAUGAUGAUAUUUCUGAAUCAUCUACACAGACAUCAUCUUCGGACGAUGUUGGUACAACUAAUGUAUUCAAAUCUCUUAUUGAAUUAACAGAUAAAAGCGAUAAUUCCAAAAACAAUGAAACUCCUAUCACAACUGUAAAGCCUAAUGAAAAUUCAACAGACAAUGAUACACCCUUACAGAUAAUACCUUUAAUAUCUAAAGAUAUCAAUGAUAAUGUAGAUACUAAAACAACAAUUAUACAAUCUUAUAGUAAGAAUGAUGAAAUUACUGAAAGUACAAUUACCGAGGCUGGUCUUACUACCUUAAAUUAUAGAGAUUUAAAACAAAAUGAUGAUGUAAAUGUUAUAUCAGUCAAACCUGAGAAUCAUGCGGAAUCAGUCACAGAACAAUUUACAGAAAAUCCUAAUCUUCAAGAAGAUAAAGAAAAUGACUCUACUACAAAAACAAAUUUUGAUAUGAAUUUAAGUAAUAUCCAAAAUGGUUCUGCGACUAGUGAACACGAUUUAACAAAACAAAAAUCAGACAUCGAUUUAAAUGUUUUUGAACAAGUCAGUUUAACUACUGCAACAAUUACUGUGCCAGUCACAUCAGUAGAAGAAAAAACAGAAUCGACUACUAAAUUCAUCAAUAACGAUAAGCAUUCAUCGACAGGACAUAUCCAUACAAUAGAAAUAAAUGGCAUAAGUAAUAGAAAUCCAGAAACAAAUAAUUAUACUAAAGUACACGAGACAACUACGAUACCAGAAACUACUCCAAUUGACAUGUUUACUCAGCCAAUACUUGGAUAUCGGGAAGAAUUUGUACCUGAGCCCGCAUUGCAACCAAAUACACCAGAUUCAAGCGAGAAAAAUGUCAUCGAACAUAUGCCGACAACGGUCUUCCCUAAAGUACCGGAAAAUUUUGCUCACAAUGUCGAGCCACUCAGGGAACCUACCGUGAAAUCGGCGGAUGACGAACAUAUCAUGUUGAUACCAAAGUCCGAGCAACCAGUAGAGAUACACGCGAUAAUUCCAGAACUCAUUCCAGAACAAGUCACAAAUAAAUCUCUGAAAGCAGAAAAUUCGACAACAAAAGAAAACAAAUCUAUAGAAGAUACAACCUCGAUCGAUUCAUCUAAAAUACAUACUAAUGAGAAUAUCGUUCCUGCGAGCAAUAAUAAACAUGUGGUACGCCCUGAUGAAAUUCAAGAACAUUUAACGAGUCACCCUCUUCACCCAGCGGUAUUUCCAGAAAAUUCGGUAGAUCAUUUCACAGGAAAGUCAGACGAUCGACCUGCUGAGGAUAUGUCACCAUUCUUACCGGACGUUCAUAAAGAAAAAGAAAGUCUAAAGAAACCACGCCUAGAUAAGGACGAGCAAGAUGGUCCUAAUCCUUUUGAAACUCAUAUCGAUGAUGUUAUAACACAUCGACCAUUAACACGUAAUAGUGCAGACAGAGUAAAUGAAACCAAAGAUUUAUUAAUUGACGUUAUUUCUAAGAAUAAUGAAAAGAAGAUAGAUAUCAUAAAAGAAACACAAAACCAUGAAAUAAAUACGACAAAUGACAUAGGCAACAGCACACAUACUAACAAUACAGAAGCUAAGAUUCUAAACGUAUCACAUCAAAAUAAUACACUGAAAUUAGUCAAUAAUGACGGAACAAAAGACGGCAUUGCAGAUCAGCAAAAUGGCGAAGAUAAAGAAUUGAAAAUAAUCCCAUUGACAGUAGAAGAUAAAUCAGUAGAUUCAAUUUCUCAAACUACACUGCAACCUAUAGAUAAGAAAACGGAACCUGAAGUUGUAAUUUCCGCUGGAAAGAAAGUACAAGAAGUUGAAGAUAUCACGAUAGAAAGCGGUAUGACAAGUUCAGAGAAACCAGAAGAAAACGCUGUCGAAGAUCACUACAACGAUAUUACGGAUGAGGCUUUAUCAAAAGGAUAUCAGCACGAUAAUACCGGCAUUCCAAUUAAAGUUAUAGAGUCAUCCAAAAAAGCAGUUUUAAAGGACACUGAUCCUAUAAAAGUUUCUUAUAAUGGUCCUUAUUCGUCGUUAACUAUGUUCGAUGUCAUAAAGAAAAAAAACGAAACGAACGAAAAGAUAUUUUCUGAUACGACACAAAGUCCGAUGGUUACGAAAACCGAUGGAGUUAUAAAUCAAAUGGAAGAUGGUAGAUUGACUACACAAGAACCUGUGUUGCCUAUAGAAAUUCAACAGGAAAUGUCUACGACAACCGACAAAGUUGAAACCACGACUGUAAUCGAUAAUGGAAAACAUGAAGAGAACAAUACGGAUCCGCCGAAUGUUGGUCAAUCCGACGAGAAAGAAGCUGUUACAGCACAAAUGACAACAACUCAAGCCACGCUGGAAACUAAAACUACAGCUCAGAUCCCAAUCUUGCCCGAGGAGUUGCAAACGACAGAAAGUGAUAUAUUAUCAACAACAUUGAGUGAAGAGGUACCGAGUGUAGACAAGAAAAUGGAAACUACUGACAAGACAGUUUCAACGGAUGAUGCUAGCAAUGCAACGAAAAAAAACGAAGCAGAGAGUGUUGUUAUACCCAGCAAUGUAAUGGAUACAUCGGAAAGAAACAUGGCAGCGACAACAGUGUACGAGAGUAACGUCAGCUUAGAAACUGACCGGAAAAUAGAAUAUGAUAAAAAUGGGCAGAUAAUUGAAAGUGCGACGGAAAGCAUAAAAAUUGAGACUAUUCCUAUGAUGUCCACGAUAGGAAAAGAUAUUGUAGGUGGCGUAGAAGGAACUUCGUCUAUGCCUAACGAUGUCACCACCACGGAAGAUGUCAGACCGGUCACGGAAAUGUUGGACGACACGGAACCUAUGAUAGAUUAUAGAAUAUUGUUCACUACAGUUCCGCCAAGACCGAUAUUGCUUGAUCCGGAACUGUCUGAAGAGGCGCUCAAAGUAAUACCGCUGGAAAAGAGUCAGGAAAGCAAGAAAAAACCAAUUGAUAAGAAGGGAUUUGAUAAACAUAAAUACAAAAAAGAAAAAGACCUGAGUCUGGAGGAUCAGAAUGAAGACAAUGUUUUGACGGAAAGGUUCGAUCAGACCAUACUUUUCCAAACGGAACCAUCGACGAUUACGACUACAGAGGAACUGCAUGACAGUGUGGUAAGCUCGGAUAUAUACCCAAAUGUACCCAGAUUCACCGUGGCUGAUAAGGAAGGCAACAUCGUGCCCAUAUCGAAAUGGAAAGAUACAGUGGUUAGAACCGAAAAUAAAGAUUUGGUCACAGAGACAAAGCCCAAAAAUUAUCCUAGCUUUAUACCUGUAUCAGAAGAGAUAAUAGAGUCGGUACCAGUCACGGAGCCCUACAUAAUCAUGCAAAAUUAUACUCGUCCCAUGAUCAUAACGAAUGAUGCGGAAAAAACGACUGCAAAUGAGACGACAGUCGAAAGUCAAACUAAUACAAGAGCAAACGAAACGACUGAACAAAAUACUUUUUUUUCGGAUCAAGUAUUCAGCGACCACGAAGAAGCGAAAAUAGAUCACAUUAAGGAAGAGUCGACUACGCAAACGUUGAAGGUAGAGAUCGAGAACACCACAGCUAGCAGUCCUUCGGAAUUUCCAUUUCCUGGGAGCCUCUUGAAAUGCUCCACAGGUCAAUUUCAAUGUGUUAAUGGAACGUCUAGGAACGGUGCGUAUUGCAUCCCACAGUCCGCCAAAUGUGACUCUGAAAAUGAUUGUUCCGACGGCUCGGAUGAGUGGAACUGCACAGCAGAAGAUUGUUCGAGUAACUUUCGCUGCGCUAAUGGACAUUGUCUGAAGAGGCACCUUGUUUGCAAUAAGAUAGUAGAUUGUGAUGACGGCAGCGAUGAACAUAACUGCGAGAACUGGCAGUGCCAGGCUGAUGACUUUAGAUGCCCAAGCGGAAGAUGCAUUCCGGGAUUAUGGCGAUGCGAUGGUCGGCCCGAUUGCGAGGGACAUCAGGACGAGUACAAUUGCACGGAAAUUUGCGGAAACAAUGAAUAUCUAUGCCCAACAGAAAAAUGGUGCAUCCCACAAGCGUGGCAUUGCAACGGAGUUGCCGAUUGCAUUAAUGGGGAAGACGAAAAGUUAUGCGACUGUACCUUAGAUCAAUUCAAGUGUCAAACCGGUGGAUGCAUCCCUCUGAAUCAAGUCUGCGAUGGCAUCGAGAAUUGUCCAGAUUAUUCAGACGAAUGGAGUUGCCUAAUUGCCAAUAUUACUGCAAAUCGAAAUCUCACUAACGCGGAAACGGAUAGCAACACAGCGAACGAAGCAAAUCGCGUGCCAUUUUUAAAGAUAAGACAAUAUAACGGCGACUAUCAACUAGUCUGCUCGGACGGGUGGAGCGAAGAAUUCAGCGAUUCCUAUUGUCAAGCUUUGGGAUUCGUCGGAUCUGACGAGACACUCGAAUCGUUCGCGUGGGAUAGAAGCCAGAAAAUCCUAAGACUAAAGACAAAUCCUAAUUAUCGCCUGCCGCUAGUCAUGAACUUAGAGGAAGUGGGAUUCUGCGUCUCAGACAAAGUUAUGCAAGUGUCGUGUCAGGAAUUCACUUGUGGUCUCCAUGCGGAAGAAUCGACGGCAAGGUUGAUAGAUCCUCCUGAGCGAUGGGCUAGUACGGCCUUGUUGAAGAAAUCGGAAGAAGGGACUGUUUGUACAGCCAGUAUAAUCGGCCCUAUGCAUGCUCUAACUAGUUAUUCCUGCAUCUAUAGACACAAGGAAAAGAAUGGAUGGCAGCUUUUUACCAAUGGAAAUAUGUUAAAAGGAAACACUGUUAAAAAUAUCAUUCCCUAUCCUCGAGUGAAAUAUAAUCAAUUCCUGUACAAUAACGACAUCGCUCUAAUCAAAUUAGGAGAACCAUUGGUAUUUUCCAGAAAUAUUAGCGCCAUAUGUCUUCCCAAACAGCCUAUCCAGCCGGAGCAAAUUUGCGUAACAGUAGGAUGGACAUUCCCUAGGAACGGGGAAAUGAAUUUACAACAAUAUCUCAAAUUCAUGCCUCUUCCAUUGAAUAAUUCCGAUAAGUGUAACGCCACGAGCCAUUAUGCAGGAUUCAUCACAAAGUACGAUAUAUGCAUGGAUAAAAACCCUUGUUACAAUGACGAAGGAACGCCACUGAUGUGUGCCAGUGAAUCGCAGAGUGCUUCGGAAAGAUGGGAAAUCCAGGGAUUACUAAGUCAUCGUAGAGAAUGCUUGGGGAGUCAUCCAGCAAUUUACUCAAGUUUGGAACCAGCGCUCCCAUGGUUGCGCGAAACAGUGCCAGCUUUGCAGACACAGAGCUAAAUCAUUCAUAACAAUUUAUCGAAGAUAAAGAAGCCGAUACUUCAUGUUCGAAGAGAAUCACAUAGUUUUAAUAAGAAAAAGAUCGUGAUUCUAUAUAUAUAAAACUACGACAGAAGAAAAAUUCGAAUAGAUCUCCCUAAUUUUCUUUGUGCUUAAAAAAGUCCAUAUCCAUUUACAUUCGUCUUCUCUUUUUUCAAUUUUAAUGUUCCUAUUGAUAGCACGAAAGAUAUUUUAAUAAUUCUCGAAUAUCGCAAUAGCGAUGAGUUAUUAUGAGAAAAACUUAAGUGCCUUUAUUGUUACACGACAGAUUGCAGAGAGAGUGAAAAACUCUAAAGAAUUAUGACAUUCGUAAUGUACGAGAAUUAUGAAAAUCUUACUUGUAAUGAAAAUCAAAGACAAAA